AUGACAAGAGCGCGAGUGGGGCUGCCAGGGACUGAAGUGAAGCAACGCGGACAGAGCCAGGACAGUCCUCAGCCCGUCUGCCCGGUCACGCUGGGAUUCGCAGGUGGCCAGGAACAUGCCACAGGGAGGACACAUGCAGUGACAGGACACCAGCUGGUGUGCAGCGUGGCCAGGAGCGCGGUGGCGCUUUGGGGUUGGCUCUGGACACGUCUGUGUGCCUUGAAAGUUGCAGUUAGUCUAGGUGAAGCUGUCUCCUCGCGUCUGGCGGGCUGGUUCUGCUUUUUUCUCUUGUUGUCUUUCCCUUUUCAGAUUCAGCUAUGGGAUACAGCAGGCCAGGAGCGCUUCAGAAAGAGUAUGGUGCAGCACUAUUACAGGAAUGUACAUGCCGUUGUGUUUGUGUAUGAUAUGACAAACAUUGCCAGUUUUCACAGCCUGCCAUCAUGGAUAGAGGAAUGCAAACAGCACCUUCUUGCCAAUGAUAUACCACGGAUUCUUGUUGGAAAUAAGUGUGAUCUGAGAAGUGCUAUUCAGGUACCUACGGACUUGGCCCAGAAGUUUGCUGAUACUCACAGUAUGCCACUAUUUGAAACCUCUGCCAAAAACCCAAAUGACAAUGACCACGUGGAGGCCAUAUUUAUGACACUUGCUCACAAGCUUAAAAGUCACAAGCCAUUAAUGCUUAGUCAACCCCCGGAUCGCGAUGAAAUACGUAUAAAGCCUGAACCAAAACCUGCCAUGACCUGCUGGUGUUAAAUCAUGCUACUUAUUCAACUGUCGCCUUGUCUGUUUGCAUAUGCUUCAAAGUUAUGAUCUUGGCAAAGUUCCAGGUUUUGGUAGCAGUUAUAGCAAACCUCUUUGGCACUUUAAUGUAUUUUUUCUGGUGUAGAUGUGCCCAUCUAAUUUUCUUGCACUUUGUAAUGUACUUUCUGAAUUACUGAUUUUUCACUAUGGAUAUACAGAAAAGUAAACUUUCAAGUGAAGUUUUGACAAAGCAGUUCUACUUGAGCUCUUGCUGCCUGAGAUCAUUUUUGUCACUUGUGGUAAGGUUAUAAAUAGUAAGCCUGUUGACUAAUGUUUUCAAUAGGUACUUCAUUGGGAUAAUGUUGGAGGAAAAGUAUUUUGGGACAGACGGAUAACUUUUUUGGGGGGUCACUGAUUAGGGUGGUUUUGAAGUCUGAAGAAGUAUUUGAUGAGUGCUAGCAAAUUUCUAAGCAAGUACCUUUUAUUAAAAAACAACAACAGCAACAACAACAGGGCUGUCAGACGAAGAUUAGGCUGUCAGUAUAAGUGCAUACUGUGGGCUUUAAUGCCCUGUCAAGCCACUGUAAACCUUGUCUAUUUCUUCACAGCAAUGAUAAGAGAGUUGAAAAACUUAUCCCUAUUUCUGGAUAGUUAUUUGAUACUUACAGCUUCAUUAAUUCUUCACAAUUAGCAUGUAAGACUAAACUAUGCAUUCCUUCUUAUGGAAAGUACUGUAGCACAGGACUUGGGAAAAGUUGGGAUUAUAGCUGUCCCCAGUUCUUCUGACCUAACUAAAACUUGCAUGUUCAGUGAGGCCUUACUUCUAAAGAUGCUGUAUUUGAGCUGAGCAUCUGAGCAUAAGGACAAAUACUUAAAUUAAAAUUUGAGUGACAUCGGCAAGAACAUCCUGGUUUUCAAAGGUAAGGCUUUUAGAGAAUGUUAGUCAUGAUGAAUGUUUUCAAAUAUCUUGAAAAACACAGCUUUUUACAAAUCAAUUUGAUUACGUUUUAAGGAUGGAAAUGCUUAGGAGAAAAUGUUACUUCUGAUGACCAUUGUGACAUACAAAGUUGUGCCUUAGUCAUAGAAAACGUGAAGGCCACCAUAUAUUAGUAGUCUGUGUUGUUCUGUGCCAGAACAACUGAUUUGAAGGCUUCUGUUCCAUGCAAAGGAGCUUGACUACAGACUUCCAUAAUUGAAGGUCAGUUUGCUUGCAUAAUGGUGAAACAGCACCGUCUACUUAAAGAAUAGGGAAUGUGAGAAUUCUUUAACACACUUUUGAAUAAAAAAAAUCAAAUCAAUUAUGAAAUUUGGAGAAAAUCUGUCCAGACAGAUCAUCUAUUAAAGAUUUUGGGCUAAAAACUGCUUCUAUGAUAUUAUGGAUUUAAGUUGAGCAUCCUGGCAUUACCAGUGUAAGAUUUGGGUUUUUUUUUUUUUUUUGUAUUUUUAAUCAGAAGAAAAAAACUGCUUUUUUAGAUUCAUCUGCCUCUGGAUUCUCUUAAUUGCAACUGUUGUACUUCAGUUCUGUUGUUUGAAGGUCAACUUUUGUAAUGAAAAUGAUGCUAGGUUGCACAUAAUUAUAUAAAACAAAAGGAAAUGUAAGCCAUAGAAUUUAAUUUGAUCUGUGGCUUCAUUCAUAUGCCAUGAUGAAACAGUAUUUUGUGACUUAAGUUUCAAAGGAAUUGAAACAAAAAUGGGGAUUUUUGGUUUAUCAUCUGUAGUGUGUGAUGCUGACUGGAAACUAAAUGUAAGGGCAGAUUCAGAAGCUGCCAUCCUAGAGAUUAUAUUAGAAUAAUGAAAUUAUUAUUGAAACAAAACAACUAAUACUAUUUAAACUAUUAAAAUUAGUACAAUAUCAUUCUAUUGCAAGUUAUACUGAUACAAGGAAAAAUGCAUUGAUUUUUCUCUAGAUUUAGAAAGAGCAUUCAAUUUGGCCUGAUAUAAUUAGGAUAUUUAAAAUUUUCUGAACAAAAAACACUAGACUUUUUUUUCUAUAUAAAGCUGCUAUAACUGCAACAGUAAUUUUCUUUAUGCAACAUUUGUAAAAGGGAACUUUUUUCAUCCACUCUGAACAUUAAAUUACUAAAAUUUGGUUUACAGUCCUUUCAUGAACAAUCAGCUUUUUAACACUAGUGUCCUUAAUGAUUUUUUUUUUUUAGAAAAUAAUAGAUCUUAAAUUUAUUUGUAUAGUAUUACAAAUAAACAUGGUUUACAGUCCUCUUGGACAAUUUGUUUUUCACUCAUGUCCUUAAUCCUUAUUUUCAAAAGGAUCCAUCUUAAGUAUUUGUAUAAUAUUAAAUAUUUCAGCAAACUUUCUAAUCCUUUUUUAUUAUUUUUUAAAAUAAGAAAGCAGAAAUGAAGAAUUCCAAAGUCAGUCAGUGAGGUUGGGGGAUGAGGUAAGGAAAUUAUGUAGACACAAUAUUAAUGCUAAAUUUGACAUCAAAUAUCUGUAAAUCUGUUAAGUUUUAUUUGAAUUAUCCACAACUUGUAAAUAAGAGCCCUUGUGUCAUUAAAAUUGUGUGGAAACAAUGUUUAAGUAUGUAAUCUUGUCUUCAGCACAAAGCAUGCUUGAUGGUUCUCCCAUAAACAUAACGUGGUCAUUAAUUCGGAAUCUGAUAUGCUUCCUGGCUCCCAGUAGUAAUGUUCUACCCACAAAAUUGAUGUCAAAAGUACUGAAUACUUUGUAUAUGUAUUUUCACCUUACCAAAUUGUAAAAUUGGGCUAUUUUAUAUGUGAAGGGGGGGGGGAGGGGUUACAAUCCCAGAAACCUAAUAAACUGGCUUUGCCACAAACUAUCGUCAUUUGUUUUCAGUAAUUAUACUAGGAAUUACGACAUCAUUUCUUGGUAAAAUCCAUAAUAAAUUACAGUAAAAAAGGAAUUAAAAAACAGCCUGUAGUUUUUGCCUAGGUAGCAGUUUUAUGAAAGACCAUCACAAUGCUUGGAUUACUUUCAGUGCUUUUUUGCGGUGAAGCUCUGUUAUUCUGGAGCAUCUGAAGUGCCCACCUGAUGUUUCAAAGCAUCUUUCAGAGAAGUCUUCUCCAUUACUCUUCUCCUAGUCUUGCCGCAUGUCCAGAAAAGCUCUUAACUUCACAUACACCUGUGAAAGCUUUGUUAUCUCAAAAGGUGGUCUUACAGUUUGCGCACAUGCACCCCCAGCAAAAAGUCAGUUCUGGCUGAUGUUAAGCUAUUUUUUUGGUAAAUGUCAUACCUUUUCCCCUGAAAGGAAUUCUGAAAUUGUUUGUGUUAUCACAUACUAUUUUAUGACUGUCAUAUUAUGUUCUUCUAAUUCCACACUUAAUAAUGUAUAUUAAAAAAAAAAGCUAAAUGCCUUUUAGAGAUGUUUUGCAUCUUUAAAGAUGAUUUGCAGUCAUCACUGAUUACACAAGCUUUUAAUUCUACUGAAUGAUUAAAAAAAAUGUAUUUAGUGAAUGCAGAUGCCU